GGCGAGGCCUUGGACGAGUUUGGAUGCGUCAUGGCGAUCGGAGAAGUUGUCAAGUGGUACAACUCGUUGCUGGAAGCUACGUUGCUGGAUCUCUACAAGACACAAUAUUCAGCUGCGAGGAUCUUCGUCUUGAAUCGAUACAAAUUUCUCAAUGACGUGCUCAGAGACCCAAUGAAAUAUGGGUUUCUUCCUGAUAUCACACAUGUAGCCUGCUGUGGAGGUGGAGAUGAAUUCAAUGCGAGUGUCGUCUGUGGAGGACAACUUCCUUGCAAGAAUCCUCAAGAGCAUGUCUACUUCGACUUUGUCCACUUCACUGACCGUUUUAACAAGCAGGAGAUACAGGCAUUUUCACUCACCGAAGAAUACAUCAUCUCAAAUCAUUACAAGCAAACAUCUUUGCUGGAUGUGUGCGGUUGCGACUGCUACACAUGAAAAGAAUACAUGCAAAGCAUAAUAUGCAUAGCGAUUUGAAAAAGUCAAGAUUAAUCUAAUUGAUGGAAAAUAUAUACCUUUCCAUCUCAAAUCAUGCAUGUUGAU